UCAGACUUUUAGAGUCAAUUCAAAAAUUUUGAAUAUUUAUUAUUUUGAAAGAACUAACUAGAAAGUGUAAACUAGAAAUUAAUAAUUUGAAAUACCCAUAAUGUUAUAAAUUUAAAAUAUUAUAUUAUUUAAAAAUACAUUUUUAAUCACCAGAAUAAUACUAUUAUAUGCUGUAAUGUUUGCAUCGGCAGAAAUUAAGGAAGAACGUAAAUCUCGAUAUGGAGGAGGACCACACGGGUUGGGAGAUCCUGAUAACUAUACACUGAGAAAAAUUGAACAAAAUGUAGUAAUACCAAAAAUUGUCCGAGAAAGAGCAAAAUAUGAAAAAUGUUCUGAAGAAAAUAAAGUGUUUGGAGAUUGCUGUUUGAAUACUGGAUUCUGGAUGUUCUAUAAAUGUAGAUCAGAAAUAAAGGUAUUAAAUGAUUGCAUGGCCAAGUGGUUUACAAAUGAAGAUUUUGUAAAAGAAUGCCGAGAUCAAUAUUUACAAGAACGAAGACAAUACAGACUGACAGGAAUUAAAAAAAAUGAAGAAACACAAAAAAUAAAAAGUUGAAUAUUUCAAAAAAACCUUAGAUUAGAAAAAAUGAGCUUUAAAUAGUCAUUAAUUCUGUAUAUUUUUGUUUUUAGUCAUACAAUAUAUUAUUUUUUUGUGUACA